AUGGACAGUACGCCAGACUUCACCAUGACAACAACAGUCCACAGUAUUCCUACCCCAGCAUCAUCAACCGCACAUACAGAGUCACCUAUGAACGACGGCCUCAUGACUGAGAACUCUCUCUUCCAGAAAGACUUUGUUCUUAGGCAUGUCGAUGCCUAUUUCGAUUACUUGUACCCCCUUCCAGGCUAUGGCUUCCUCCAUCCGGCGACGACGUAUAAACAGAUCCAGGAAGGGACAUUCUCUCCGAUGCUGGCAACGGUUCUGUGCUCCAUCACGGCGGUGCUGGUGAACCCCGGUGCUGAUUCGCUGGCCUUGGCGAGACGAUGCUACGAGCAGGCCGAGUUCUACGCCCUGCGCAAUCUCUCGAAACUCGAAGUCCACACUCUUCACCUGCUAGCGUUCUGUAUCAUUUUCAACUGGAUCGAUUACCAAUGGUCAAAGUGCUGGAUGUUACAUGCUUCUGCGGCACGGCUUGUGAAGGCUCUGCAGCUGAACUGGGAGGACGACGGGCCCUUCGUCAACCGAGAAAGCAACCGGAGACUGGCUUGGCUCAUAUUCAUCCUCGAUAGAUUUCUGGCUGGGGGAUUCGACGACCACAUCGAGCUCCCGGAGACGCGGAUGUAUCUCAGACUGCCCUGCAGUGACAGAUCGUUCAAGCGUGGCGAGUCAGUCGUGAUGGAGACGCUGGAGGAGAAGCCCAUGGCCCUCCGGAAAGAGUCGGACCCGUCCAUGUACGCGUUUCAAAUUCGACUGAUGUCCAUUCGACAUUCAAUACUCAAGAUGGCCAAGGGGCUGCUCCCAGGACAGCGGCGCCAUCCGCUCGCAGCCGCUCAGGAGCCACACCAAGUCAUUGAGAAGAUCAUGGAUCUGCAGGCACAGCUCUCGAGACUCGAGGAUUCUUUACCGGCGUGCUACAAGCGGACCGAUGCCAAUAUGACUCGUCAUUUCGGGACUCCAGACUGGGCGGGAUACGUGAUGCUGGUAGGCUCUUUCCUCUGUGAAGCUUUAUUCUGGAUGCAACGGCUGACUGGCAUUCUCGAACAGCAAACGUGGAUCUGCCAGCUGCACAUCGACCUCUAUCGAUUCACCCUGCCGGGGAUCAGGGAGCAGGCCGGGCCGGAGCUCCUCCGGAGCCUCCCCAAGGCCUUCGUCGAGUACACCCGCAACGAGGCGAUCGGGUGGGCCGUCAGCCUGGCGCAGUUCUGGGAGACGCUCCAGGACGUGGUCAGGAGGCGCUCGCCGGCGUCCGUCGGCCUCCUCGCCGCCGACUUCAUGGUCGCCGCGUGCUGCGUCCAGUGCACCAAGAUCCUCUGCUCGGCCAAGAAGUACCGCCUGUUCUCGGCCGUGGGCGAGCGGAGCUCCGCGCCCCUGCGGCGGCACGACGUCAUCGACACGUUCUCGCUCGCCGCGCUGAUACAAUCCAACAUUGACCUGCUGGAUCAGUUUGCGUCGUUUGUCCCGCAGGUCGAUCAGAUUGUGCGUUUACUCCUUCUCUUUCGUCUCUCCUCUUGCCUUUCCUCCCCUAAAUCGCAGUCCAGGAGGCGAGCUUUGACUAAUAACCCAACCCUUCCAGGCCAGAGAACUCAGGUCCAUCGUCCUCGACUUCCGCGACGACCCGAUCCUCAGCAAGGACGAGACGCUAUCGCUGCCGGCAAUGGGCCCGGGGAACGGCGUGCGGCUCCCCGGACCCCACUACAUACUGGAGACCGCCCUGGCGGCUCAGCACCAGGACGAGGCCAUGCAGCGGCAGCGGACGGCGGCGGUGUCGGAGCGGUGGUUCAGAGAAAAGGGGCUCCCGACCACGUCCGACCCCGUCGCGGCCUUCAUGGAGAAGCAGGGCGCGACGAGGGGCGACCGGCCGGGCAUCCCCUUCUUCCUCGCGCAGGCCCGCGGGUUCGACAAGACCUCGUCGCAGCCUACCCUGCUCUACUCCUCGACGCACCCCCAGGUCGCGAGCGGAUCUCCGACGCCCACCCCGUGGAAUACGAGCCAGCAGAUACCGAGCUCGGGGCUGACCCCCCCGAGCACCGCCUUCUCUCCGCCGCCGCCGCUGCCGACAAUGGUGGCAGCGGAGAGCUCCCAACCCCCAGAGUUCUGUCCGCUGAGAGCGGAGCGGCCAGUGUCACAACCACCCACGAUGCAGGCUUCUGA